GGUUUUAGUUUAAAACCAUAAUAAGUUGAUGGCUUCUUCGCUGCUUUCGGAAAGGUGGGUCUUUUUUUUCAAACUUCAACGACUGCGUUUUGAAUUUUGAUCUUCCAUUUCUGCUUAAAGGAAAUCUUCAAUUAUGGGUGAAGGUGAAGAAAACAAGAAUAUCCAAGAAGAGGUGAACAAAGAAGCGAAUAUCCAAGAAGAGGUUGAUGUGGAGGAAGAGAGGUUAAAGUAUUUGGACUUUGUGCAAACGGGUGCAGUUUUUGCCUUGGUUUCCUUCUCAAAGCUCUACCUCUUUGCCAAGGAUGUGUCUGGUCCAUUCAAGCCUUAUGUCGAGAAUGCUGGGGGUAGGUUUAAGAGCGUAGUUAGACCUAUCUAUUAUAAGUUUCAACCGGUUUCCAACGAGAUUCUCAAAUUUGCAGAUCACAAGUUGCAGGUUGAUGAAUCUGUUACUAUUCUAGAUCUUUUUGUUCCCCCAAUUGUCAAACAAUUGUGUACGCAAGCUUAUUCAGUAGCUCGAGAUGCCCCAGUAGUUGCUUGUGCUUUGACUUAUUAUUUGCUUUCGCCCAACGAGAAGUUUUAUAUGGUCUUGUAUGGAGAUGGGUGAGCCACAAUCUGCACCAAUUGCUUCCAGCUAUGGAAGAUGAUGAUAUACUCAAGAAUGCAUGUUAAAUAUGAUUAUACAUCUAUUGUGAUCUUUUUUUUUUUUAAAUGUACUUAUCCAAAGUGUUUAGACUA